UCUUCCACCGACAUGUCCACAGCCAUGGCGCCGGGCAGCCUGAACCUGGAGGCCCAGCUCCUGUCCAUAAUGGACGUGCUCGUGAAAGCGGCGGUGGUGGAAAUCAGUCAGCUGUUUUCGGAGGGCUCGGGGUCUCUCCGCCUGCAUCUCACGCAGAGCCUGAAGGAAAACGAAGCCCUGAGGUUGAGGAUGAAGGUGACAAGGAGCGAGCUCUUCUCCCUCCGGCUGCAGACCAGGACCAACCGGCCGGCGAGCCGCUUCUCCCCGAUCAGAGGAAAUGCCCCCAAACCACGGGCCAAAACACAAGUUGUCAUGAAGCCACCACUGGCUCUAAAGACGGUUGUGGAAGCUGCUUCUAUCUCUCUACAAUCAGAGAACAAGACUUCCUCCUCUGAAGCUCAAGUGGAGUGUGCAGAUGCGGAGAUCCCGGAUAUCAUCCUGAUCAAAGAUGAAGACGACGUGGGAGGAUGUAGGCCGGUUGGAGGUCAGGACGACUUUGGAAACCACAGCACGCGGGGUGGUGUUUCCACAGGAACUCGGAAUGAGUCCUGCCUGGCAAGUAGUAAUGAAGAUCUGAGAAUCGUGAGUGUUCACGGACGAGGGGAAGGGCCUCUACAGGAGGAGAGCGACUCCCUCUUCACUGUCUCUGAACUCCAGGCUUUUACCUCUCUGUCUCCUGACCACAACCCCUCCCACGACAGCCUCCUGAAUUUCACCACGGGGGCCAAUGACAGGGGGCUGCCGGAGAACCGAAACUGCCAACUGGAGCGAAAUCCGUCCGCCCAAAUGGCUUCAACAACAAUGAAUCCUGCAGUGAAUACACAAAUAGUCGGAGCUGAUGGCCAAGUGGGGCACCCCAGUCAUGUCAGCCAGUUUGCCCAGCAGCAGAACAUCUUCCCUCACGGCGUCAGCAAAUCUCUGGACUGCAGCUUCUGUGGCGAGCGCUUCCUCAGCCGAGAAGACCUGAUCGUGCACAGGGCGAGUCACACCGGGGAGUUGCCCGUUCUUUGCACCUUUUGCGGCAAGUCAUUCGUCAACAAGACCACGCUGGGCAUCCACAUGCGUAUUCACACGGGGGAGAAGCCGUACGCUUGUACGCAAUGUGGGAAACGCUUCACGCAGAACGGCAGCCUGAAGAUCCACCUGCGGACUCACUCCGGAGAGAAGCCAUACAGCUGCAAUCAGUGCACCGCCAGCUUCAACAACCCCAGCAACCUGCGCAGGCACAUGAUCACACACAACGCUAACGGAGUGCUCUGACCAUGAAAGAUGCAGAGGUAUAAAUAAUAAACAUGGAUUUUAUAUUUUACUGACAGGUGUGUGCCACAGUGUGUAUUUGGGUAAUGUGUGUUUGUGUCGUGUCAAGAACCUGUCAUGGGUCUAAUGUGCUUGAGGAACGACAGGUAGACCAAAUGUAUAUGUCUUCACCACUUCUCAGUAAUGGAGUGUUGCGUUUCAUCCUCGGGACACAAACAAGCCGGAUUUCUGUUCAAGGUGAAAAUACUUUUUAAUUCAAGGAAAAACAACCUGCAAAACUAAAAUGCCUUCAUCUUUCCUUUUCUAAACUGUCUGAAAAGCUGACACACAUAUGGCCUUAUUCAUCAAUCAGGAACAUACACAGUAUCUUAAUUUAAUUGUAACUAUAUACAGACUCAGUCAUUUGUAGAAACCCUCAGUUAUCUGACAGCAUGAAUGCAUGUAACCAUGAGAAUCCUUCACCUGGUUACAGGAGGAAACCAUGUGAACCCUCAGCGUGCAACACAUGCCGAGUGGAACGCUUCAAUGGAAAGACAUUUUGACAAUGACACUAAAAUACAUCUGUAUUGUGUUUUCACAAUUUGGAUAUUUAUUGUGAUAUAUAGGCAUAUAUUGCUCAUUAAUGUGCUCACAUUUGCUGAAUGCAGAUAUUAAAGGAAUAAAAUGUCAUAACUGGUCUGGAAAAAAUAUUCAGGUACAAUGUGGUUAAUAAAUCAUAAGCUUCAAAUAUAUAUUGCCGUAGCGCCCAACCUCUGGUACAAUUUGUUAAAAAUGUUUUUAAAAGUGUCACGUGAAACAAUUCACAGAUACACUGACACCAGUUUUUACUUUAUCAAUCAUAAUAUAUUUUUUAACUUAAGAAUUAAACAUAUUUGGCUAAGGGCCAACUGUAUAGUAAAAAGGAAAGAGCCAUUUACCUGUGUUUCAUUUUUUAAACUACCUCCACUGUCUCUGUUGCAGCUCACUAUACUCCUUUUGUACUUCUCAUGUAGUUUGAGACUGAUUUCAAUAAUAAAUUUAGCGUGCAUUUUG